AAUUCAACAUAAGUUUAUGAAUUGACAUUUUAUUCUAUCGACAGAAAAAUAUUAGAUAUUUCUAUCGAAAAGUGUAUUAAAAAUGUGGCGACUUCUGUCCGCGUUAUGUAUGAUUUCUGUUGCUUACGGGGCGAGUUUAGGUGAAGCGUUGCUAGGGAGAGACAGUUUUCCUAUUCAACCAGCUGAUGAGCUGUUUGAUUCUGCCGAAUUUCUAGCAAAAUAUGGGUACUUAAGAUCUACUGAUGAACCGGGGGUUUUACAUUCUGAAUUUGAAAUCGAACAAUCUGUACGAGAUUUCCAGAAAUUUAAUGGUUUGACAGAAACUGGUUUUCUAGACCAGGAUACUAUAGAUAAAAUGAAAGCACCAAGAUGUGGUUUCCCCGAUAUCAUUAGAAACACGAGUAAACAUUUCGAUCCUAAUUCACCUCUGCCUUUCACUACUUUAGGUACAAAAUGGAAUAAGAAUGUUAUCACCUGGAAGCCUGUAUCUUAUACCAGACAACUGUCCGGAUCUGAACAACUAGCGGCCAUGCAGAAGGCUUUGGAUCAUUGGGCUGAAGUAACACCAUUAGAAUUUAAAUAUACAGAAGGUGUAGCUGAUAUUGAGAUAAAAUUUGCUUAUGGUGAACACGGCGAUGGCGCUUAUAACAGCUUUGAUGGAAGAGGUGGUGUAUUGGCUCACGCUUUCCGUCCCGGUACUCAGGGCCUCAAUGGUGAUGCCCAUUUUGAUGAAAGCGAGAAAUGGACCCUACAAGGAGAUGAUGGCAGUAAUUUAGAAAUCGUUGCAGCUCAUGAAUUUGGCCAUGCACUUGGUUUGGGCCAUUCUCAAGUUAAUCCGGCUCUCAUGGCACCAUACUAUAAAUAUUCUCCUAAACUGAAACUAGAGACCGAUGACAUAAGAGCUAUACAGUAUCUUUAUGGUUCCAAUCCACGCGUAACAACCGUUCCAACAGUUACAACAACUGAAACACCACCAACAACAACAACAGGAGAGCGACCCGAUUACUGUGAUAUGAAAAUGGACGCAAUAGACUUAGGUCCAGAUGGUGCCGUGUAUGGUUAUCGUAGAAACAUGAUUUAUAAAAUGAAUAAUAACGGUCUGGUCAGUGGUUUUCCUAAACCUAUUACUUCUGUAUUCCCUGGUGCCCCCAGUAGAAUAAGAGCUGUUACAUAUUCACCUUCAGCCAGACAAACCUACAUGUUUAAAGGAAGUAUGUUAUGGAGAUAUACAUAUUUCAAAUUAGACGCUGGCUAUCCUAAAAUUAUUGAUAUGACAAACUUCCCAGAGAAACCCCAUGCUGCUAUAUGGUACAGUGAUAAUUAUAUACGAAAUGCCCUAUUCCUCUUCGGUCAUCGAUAUUUCUGGCAGUGGGAUCCCCAAAGAGAGAUUGUAGUAAGAACCAUGAAUAUUAAUCAGUUUUGGACAGGAGUUCCUGAUAGUCUGGAAGCGGCAUUUAAGCAUAGCGAUGGUUAUAUUUAUUUCUUUAAAGGACUCAAGUAUAGAAAAUUCAACCCAGAUAAAAGAUUUGUAGAAGAUGGUUAUCCUAAAACAUAUAGUGCAGCUUGGUUCAAGAACAGUUGUGGGAACGAGCCUCGAUAAUUUAUUUUGUGACAUUUCGCGAUUUUAUGUUUUCGUCUUCAAUUUAUGUUAUUUCCAUGGUUAGUCUCCAUUACCCAGAACUAUAUUGUCUGCGCUCUCUCGGCUAAUAUGAGGUCCUGGGGACAUUGGUCCGAGAGUCGCUGGUUGACCUAGACUACUAUACCGGGAAUUUGGUACGGUAUAUGCGGAUGUACAAAUAUGGAGAGUACAAUUAUUGAUUGAUAUUUGAUAAAAUAUGUACAGUUAAACUAUGACGUAAAGUCUGGUAUUCGAGACUAACUCUUGGUAUGACCAUGGGCAUUUCUUUUCUUCGGAAAACCAUUUUGUAAAUAUAUAUUUUAUAUCGUGUAAAUCUGAAUUGUUUUAUAUUUAUUGUAAAUUAUUAUUUCAUUUUAUUCAAAUAUGUUUUAUUGAAUUUUAUUUAUUUGUUAUUUACCGGUAAUGUACAAAGAUUUGCUAUUGCAAAUAAUGCAGGGGGGGGGGGGCUAUAUAGGGAACAGAGUUAUUAACCAUGUCAUGUGAUGCCCCCCAAAACAAUAGGGGCCUUAUAAUAAAAGAAAGAUUGACCUUCAAGAAUUUAAAUUGUUCAUAUGCCUUUCUCUUUGUUAAUAUUUUUCGAAAUCAAGUUCACGACCAUUUUCGGAAAUCCUGAUUACGCAACAGUUUACAUUACAUCGUUUUAAAAUUAAUCGGGUUGGGUUUUAUUGAUAGGGGAGGGAAUCUAGUAGCUUGAAUAUUUUAUUCUUACUUUAAUUUGAAAAUCAAAAUUGAUUUGUGAAAUCUUAGGUCAUGUUUAACAGAAUGUUGUGCAAUGUUUUUUUUUUAAGAUUUGUAAUUUUGUACGUUUGACAAU